AUAGACAUUUACAGUGUUUGAAAUUGCAGGAGUAGCAGAAGAUGAAUUCCUUUUUUAUUUUGUUGUAUUUCGGCUUUCUAGCUAAUAUCUCACGGGGACAAGACUGUUACGAUGACCAAGGUAACGCCCAAAUGUGUAGUCCCCCAUUUGUAAAUGCUGCCUUCAAUAGAUCUGUUCAGGCCACCAAUACGUGUGGUCAGUCGGGUCCCUCAGAAUUCUGUCCUUUUUCGCGGUGGGGUCGGCGACUACCAUGUCAAGUAUGUGACGCUCAGAGUCCCAGAACCAGGCAUCCCCCAGAAAUGAUGACGGACGGGGAAUUCCCCAGGACCUGGUGGCAAUCCGAUACAAUGUUGGGAGGGAUAAGGUACCCUGUUGUAGUCAACCUAACUCUGGAUUUAAAGAAAGCUUAUGAUAUUACUUACAUCAAUUUGCGUUUCCAGUCUUCAAGACCUGAAAGUUUUGCUAUCUACAAGAAAACUACUGAAAGCAGUGACUGGAUUCCAUACCAAUUUUUCAGUGCGUUCUGCCAGAGAAUAUAUGGAAAAAAUAAUAGGCUUUUUCCAGCUACAACCGAUGAAGCCAUCUGUACGAACAGAUACAGUGACAUUAGUCCACUGUCUGGUGGCCGUGUACCAUUUAGUACCUUGGCAAGUCGCCCUGGUGCGUUUAAUUUCGACAAUAAUCCUGUCUUGCAGGAAUGGGUAACAGCCACAGCUAUUCGAAUUUCCCUCACCCGAAUGAAUACCUUUGGGGAUGAAGAUUUUGGUGGUGAUGAGGUCUUGAAAUCAUAUUACUACGCUAUUUCUGAUAUAGAUAUUGGUGCCAGGUGUAAGUGUAAUGGUCAUGCCAGUGAAUGUUAUACUCCAAAUGGUCAGGAAUCAGACAGAAAAAUUUGUAGAUGUCAACACAACACAGCUGGUGUUGACUGUGAGAAGUGCCUGCCUAUGUACAACGACAAACCAUGGGCAAGAGCAACAUACACCAGCGCUAAUGAAUGUCAGCGUUGUGAAUGCAACAACAAAGCAGACAGCUGCUAUUUUGACCAAGAUCUUUACCAGAGGACAGGGAGGGGAGGUCGUUGUGUUGAUUGUCGAGACAACACUGACGGGCCUCAGUGUGAAAGGUGCAAGGACAACCACUAUCGAAGGUCAUCCGAUGGAAGGUGCACACCGUGUGAUUGUGAUCCUGAAGGUUCUGAAACUACUCAGUGUGAUGCAGCUGGACAGUGCCAGUGUAAACCAGGUUUUACAGGAGAGAAAUGUAGACGAUCCUCAGCGAGACGUUGAAUUCUUCUGAUGGCUCUCGGUGAUUUCAAACUAUCCUGGACGAGGGAAACAAAUCCUACUAUUAUUUAAACGUACAUUUACUUGUCAGAAAUCUGAUUUAGAAUCAAAAUGAAUUAAAAUCAGCGAUUUUGCUAAUGCUUUUGGAUUUCUUUUAAGAGCAAAAUUGUUGUCAGUGUUUUUUUGAAUUGAAAUCAAAUAAAACUAAUGUUUUUGUUAAUACCCUCUUUUUGAACUAUGAUCUAUGUCAUCAACCGUACAUGAUUAUGACUAAAGUUCAUUAGAGUAUGAUUUAAUUUAUUUGUUUCAUCGCUUUAAUAAUAAUAAAAGAAAGGAUUAAUAAAUUGAAGGCAUUUUUUUUUAUUGUAAGGCUACUUUAACAAUAUUAUAUGAUAUAUUUUGUUCCUAUUUAAACGUAGCGUUUAGAAAUCGUAUCCUUUCUUCCUAGGCAUUCUGUCCAUUGUAAGAGUCUUUGUUGUAAGAUUACCAUUAUUUGAAUAAAGAUACUAUUGUAAAUCUA